GUGAAGCAUAACGCGUGUAGCAAAUAACAUGUUAGAGUUUACAAAACUAAACAAGGUCCUCGAUUUGCUCUUAGACCCAAAUUUUGUCCUCAAAGAUGAUACAUUUGAACAGAAAAUACUUGACAUUUUCCUGAAGAAAUGCAAUCCAGGGCAAACACAAGGAGAAGAAAUACCAAAAAUGGUGGUCAGAUGUUUGCAGUCAUUAGUAAAGAUGGAAACCCCUGCAAACAUUGGUCUGUUUACACAGAUUAUGGGUUGCAUUGGUGCCACAGACACUGGCUUCAGAGCACUAAUGGAACAUGGUCUUGUUGGUGGAACACUGAAGAUUGCCCACCAAGCUGACGCAUGGAAUGAACCAAGUACAAGAUAUGCAGUAUUUCAUGCCCUGGCUAUAAUGGCAAACCAUAGUAAUGCUUGCAGAUGGAUAUUAGAACAAGGUUAUGUCGAGCUGUGUUUCAACAGUUUUCAAGAUGGCAGUGUAUUUGUGGCGAGUGCUGCACGGAGGCUUUUAUCUCAACUAACACAAUGGAGCUACCAGAAGCAAUCCACCCACCAAGUCACACAGGGAGCUAAUGGACUAGGUGAUACACCUCACCGUGAAGAAUAUACAAUAGGGAACCACUUUAGUGAUGGACAGAAAACAAUCUGCAAUUUCAUCAAAGAAAAUUUUGCAGUGGGAAAUUUACAUAACAACUCUGAGAAAGAAUUGAGCAACACAAACUCACAUCUGCCACUGCACUAUUUAGUUUUUUUAGAGACUUUAUGUGAUAAAAGUCCUGUCACUUGCCUGUCUCUCAUAAAAGAUUGUUGUCUGUUGCCACUGGUAUGUCAGAGUCUUCGCAGCAGAGACAGGCCUGCCAGUUUAGGGGCAGUGAGGUUACUUUCUAGGCUCAUGCCAGUAGGGUUGUUUGAUGAUGCAGACAGCAACUCACUGAUUCUAAAUGAACCUAAGCAACUGAUGUGUGAGGGCAACCCACAUGUUGCUAUCAAGUUAUGUGAGGCCAUUGUUAUAAAUAAGCGAGAUGAGCCCUUCCCAGAUCUACUCCAGAUAAAUCUGCUUCCUGUUCUGGUCGUGUCUGGCAGAUCACCACCAGAGGACGUGGCACAAUAUGGGCCACAGACCCAUCUUCUUAUGACAAACCACACUGCUUUAUCCAAGCUGUUCUGUGCUUCUUUACAAGUUCUUCAAAAUCUGUUGCAACAGGGCAUCACAGUAGAUUGUUUUGAAGCACUGGUUUCUUGUUUACAAGAAGCUGUAAGUCUCCAAUCACAAGUGUCCACUACUGGUCAUCUUGUAUUGUCCACAGACAGAGUGAUGGUCAGUUUGUUGAAGACAGUGAAGACCUGCUGCUGUCAGUCUUACCUCCAGGACAAUGAUGUAUCUAAAUUUUCAUGUGGUCAAAUAGAAAUAGCUUCACAUCUGACAAAGCUCUUAGAAGACACUACAAGUAGUGUAACAGUUGCUGUGACAUGUCUUCAGUGUCUGUCCUGCUGCCUGGGUAGUGUGUUCUCAGUCUACCCUGGUCAGCUGCCGUGCUGGGCAGAGUUUUCUGAGCGUUUGGGGCACCUGCUGCAGAGAUUACUGUGUGAUAUGAGGUGGGAGGUACGAGACUCCGCCCUGGAGAUGAUUGGUCAGUUACCAAACCAUUCCACAGAUCCCUGCAGUGUGUGUUCAUGGAUCACUCAGCAUGAUCUUCAUGUGUUAACCUGGAGUAGCAUCAAAGAUGGAGAGAGCUAUGUCCGUGCCAGUGGUCUGAGGGCUGUGUCUUCUCUCUCAGCUCACCAUGUUCUGUGGGAGGAUUUGUUAGCUAAGAGUAACCUUCAAAUGGACGCUGUUGUGCAGGAUGUUCUCAGCCUAUUGGAGACAGAUAGUGAAGCUUUUCCUCGCAGAGCAGCUGUGCAGGUGCUCUCAUCCUGGUAUUCUAUAGCCCCAGAGACAACACAGGCCGUCAUACUAGUCUCCAUGACAACAGCUAUUAAAGAUUUUGACUGGGAGGUGCAGGUUCUGGUGCUUGCCUUCUGGGAAAGUGUCUUUACAAAAUGUUUCCAAAACGUGGACACGCCAGCCUAUGCUGUGGUGGCCCCCUCACAAUCAAAGCAAAGGAAAAGAGAGUUCUCUCUUGAGGCAAGGGAAUUAGACAUUAUGAACAGAUGCUGUGAGAUUUUACUUUUUGCUGUAAAGGAUUGUGACAGAAAAGUAUGUGAAAAGGCUGCCAAGAUGAUAGCAGAAAUUAUGCCAGAAUUACAGUCAAAAUGUCAAAAUAUUGCAGAUGGAACUUACUCAGUUGUGGAAGGUGAAUGUAAAAAGGACAAAGUUAACUGUCUGAUGGAAUCAGUAAAAGAACUAAGAACAGUGGAUGUUCCAGAGAUUUUACAUGAAAAAAGUCAAAGCAGUGAUGGUUAUGCUGAGAAUCCGUUCAGUAUAUUAGACGAUAUCUUAGCUUCCUGUGAAGAGCCAGAUGAAGGUGCCGUGAUAGACUGUUACUAA